CCACCGCCGCCACCGUGUUGUCACGUAGCACGGUCGCCCCGCGCCGUAACCACCGACAGAACGCGAUCGACUGCACACCGUGAAGCAAUAAACGGCGCAUCACGCAAUCCGAGCAGUACACGUCUCACGACCAUCCUUUAUAAAGUACAUCACGAUGUUCACGUUUUCUCGUUUCGCAUUGUUGUGGACCGCAUUUGCGGUGGUCGCGAUUAUAGUGCACGCGUCAGUUGGGUCACCGACGCCCGGCAAAACGGACGCAGCCAAAAUCCAGAAGAACAUGGCCAAGAACAAAGGUGAGUGGUAUUGUCAUAACGAUAAUAGGUAUAAUACGUGUGUGUGAAUAAUAUAUAACAAUUUUAAUCGUAACGGUUCUGUUGUCGCGCUAUACGCCUACGUGUAGCUAAGAAGACUCAGGAAGUGCUGCAGUUUGGAAACCAGCAGAACCGUCAGGCGGACACAAGGAACUACGCGAGAGCCGAAAAGAGACGUGAGUUUUAGAACCUCCUGGAAAGAGGAGGUGUCAAAAUUACACCUCAUCCCCCGUCCCUACACGCGGCCCCUAACCCGACUACCGCCCCGCCCGCCUGCCCGUCUCCCACGCUCGGAGAAAUAGUAAACCGCGCUUCGCGGCGAUACGCGAGUAUAACCGGGGAAUGGCUGUCUGAAAUUAGUAUCUUUAUAUACUAAAAUAAUAAUAAUAUUAUCACGACCAUAUAUCACCGUCAAGUGUUGACGAUACUUAUCGUCCUUCCCCUCCUUCCCCCCCUCCGAACGGGAAACGCCUCGCCGAACGCGCGACCCACUAACCACACCUACCGCAACGACCGAGCGGGCGGCGGCUAUCGAUUUUACCUCACCCUUUCUCGGUUUCCGUUUUCCAGAAGCACCUGAUGAACACCACGACCCUGAACCGGUGCCGGAAGUCAACAACGCCCUUGAACGCAGCUAUCCCCAGACGGCCAGACAUGAAAAAAUCGCCGAUCUCUUUUACAACCCAGGUAUCAUUACGUUAUUAUUGUCACCCUUUAUAUGGAAUAUAUUUUGUACGCGUUAUUAUUAUUAUUAUUACUACUAUUAAUAUUAUCGUAUUGGAUAUUGUACCGCGCGCGCCGAUAGCUAGGACUCGCAUUAUAGUCGACGUAUAAUAGGAAUGGGCCGAUAUCGGUUUUUGCCGAUAUCGGUUUUUACCGAUAUAAAACCGAUACCCGACAUUCGAAAUAUUCAGUUUUCGAAAUUGACCUAUAUAAUACAGUGAACGCGACUUAUAAGACUCACUCUGGGACCAGUACAAAAUUAGUUUUAUAACCGAAAGAAUCUUACAGGCGGACUGGAGAAAUCAUAGAGGUGGUCUAAGCAGUAAGUGCAAUGCACAGUAAACCGUAUGUCAGGUAGAUAAAACAAAGGUUGUGUACGGUAUAUUAUUAUUACAACCGUGUAAACAUAUUGGUUGAAUAUGCAACUAUUCAUGUACAACAAGUGUGUGUGUGUGUGUGUGUGUGUAUGUGUGUGUGUGUGUGUGUGUGUGUGUGUGUGUAUGUGUGUGUGUACGCAUCGCUUUUGUUCGCCGCAAAAGUUCCUGAGCGUCGUGGGUGUACUCGCAGCAGUCCUCGGCAGCAAUUGGCUAGGGCAAAGGGAACCGCCCUUGGUGUUCGAGACCUGAAAACUGCAGCUAAUAUCAAAGCAAACAUCCUAAAAUCUAUAUAUAUUACGAUUUAUAUAAUUUAUAUAGUUGAUAAGAUUACUUUAUAAAAUUUGUUUAGUUUGUAUAUUUUUUUUUUCCUAUAUAAUGGAAGUCACAUGGUAAAAUGUACGCAUUCCCGAACUUUUCAUCGCGUGCGCUAUUUUCAGGACGUUUAACGUACUAUUCGAAUCAGAUAAAUUAAAACACGUCGUGUAUUAAUAUAACAUCACAUUAACUGGGUGGAGGGUCGGAGACGGGCGAAGUCUCCUCUGACAUAAUUGACAAAAUAUCAGUAUUUUAUAUUAUGCAUAACACAGCUGUUAACAAAUAUCGGUAUUCCGAAAUAAAAAUUCCCCAGCAGUUUUAAAUAUUAUUAAAUGUCAUCGUUAUAAAAUAGGUUACAAUACGAGUUACAAUAUGAGCAUCAGUCGCCGUAAUAUUAUAUAAAUAAAAUGUAUUGUUAGAUAUUUUAUUAUUAUUUAUUGAUUUCGUAUUUAGAGGGCAUGACAGACGAAGAACAACCCCCUCUCCUCAUCCCAGCGAGUUUUACUGUGAUAUUUUAUGACGUAGAUUCGCAGCAGUAUACGACGCGUUCCUUAAAUUUUAAUAAAUAUUUAUAUUACCCCCCUCCCUCCCACCACCAAAAAUAACGUCCUAGUUACACUACUGCUUGCAAUUAUGAUAAACAGAAUAGAAAAUGUCUAAAAUAUUGCUUUUACUCCACGGUACAUGAGGCGUUAGAGGUGUUAGAUUUUUCAAAUAAAUGAUAUGGGAGCGCGUAAAAAUCUGGAAUCUGAAAAACUGGACUACACAUAACUGAAUAGUGCAAAUCUGGAAUAUACCAUUUUGAAAUCGGUAAAAAUCCGUAAAAAAAUACGGAAAAAGAUUCUGAGCGGAGUUUGGUUUUACAUGCUUUGAAAGACCGUGAUAUUUACGAUUUGUUUAAGAUUUUAUAACAGUUUCAUUGGUUUUGAUUGUGCUUUUUAUUUUAUUUGGUUAAAAAUAAUCGUUCAGACUUUAAAUUUUCAAAGAAUACUAGCAAGGACAGUCCAGCCAGUUGUGCUAGUGUUGCUAAGGCACACCGGCAAUGUUGAGCAUUAUCUAGAUAAAUAAUUAAUUAUCUUUUAUCUUAUCUAGAUAAUAAACAAAAUUAGUUAUCUGAUGAAUUAUCUUAGACGAGUAAUUGAGUUAUCUAACAUAAUUCAUAUAAAUAAAUAAAUAUAUACAUCAGGGAAAUUCGAAAAAUUGAAAUUGUAAGUUAAACCUAUGUCUCAUUAGUAAACCAACCUUGUACAAAUAGAGAACAAAAUUAAAAACAUAAAGUAAUAGGUAAUAAUAUUAUCCAAAUCGCUUAUUUAUUUUAUUUCUAAAUUAAAAUAGACAUUGUAAAUUUUAGAAUCGAGUAUAAAUUGACAAAAAAAUUGUAGAUUAAUUAAUAAAAUUAAAACAAUUUUUGACGACUUUUUGAAGUAUAAUAAAUUGCAUAUUUAGAUAAUUAUUACAAUAUUGCAUUAUAUUUUUUUUAAAUUGUGGAGCCCCUUAAAAGUACUCUGGUCGAACGUCAUGGUAAACAUAAAUGCAAUUUAUAUACACGAAAGCUUGUGUGUAUAAUAUGAUAAUCAAUUAAUAUUGUAACAUUACGCCUUUAAAAAUAAUAUUAUAACGCGCGGUUUUUAGUUGGUUAAUUAGACAGUGUUUUAAUUAUUCAAACACUAUAAAUCUAUACUAACGAUAUUAAUUAUAGAAACAAGUUGUCGACAUAAUUAUUAAGAGAUUAAAUUUCGCGUUAAUUAAUUAGUUUAAAUCGGAUUACGGUAAAUGUUUUCAUUAAAUAUCAUAAAAUUAUACUUUCUUAAAAUCUCAGUAUAACAAAGAACCUAUUAAUUUUACAAAGACGUGUUUUUUCUCAGAAAAUACUCUUUCAAUUAGUGAAAAUGAUUAGAUUUUUCAUACCAUUCCCCAAAAGAUGUGGAUAAUUAAAAGAAGCUUUUAAUAAUGCAAGUAAAUAACCUACUGAUGCAUUUUAUAAUUUUGCAAAGAUAUAUAGUUAUUUUAUAAGCCAACAAGAACUUAUUAAAGAAUACUUACAUUUUUCUAAAGUAUAUUUAUUAUUAUUUUUUAUUUAAGUGUUAAUAAAUACUUUUUUCAUUUUAUGUUUUUAAAAAUUAUUAUAAAUUGUUUAGUAUCUAAUCAUAUUUUUUCUUUUUCGCUAACGUUAAACUUGAAUAAUCUGGUAUACUCUUACAUUCUAAUAAAACAUUUUAGCUAAACAAAUCUAGGUGUAUAAUAAUAUAUCUAUAUGUAUGUGUAUAAGGAAAAGUUAUAAUUACAUAGAUAUUAAUUUAUAUUUAGUAAGAUUUGUACUAUUUUAAAAUUAAAUUACUACAUAUUUAUAUUAUGUUAAAUAAAAACAAUUUUUAUUUAAUUUUAAAAUGUAUAAAUUAAAACAAAUUUAUUUAAUUAAUAGCUAUUAUUUUAAUCGGCUUUUCAUUAUUUCAGUAUAUUAAAUAAAUAAAUUAACUGAUAUGUGGAGAUAAAAUGAAUAAAUUAAAAAAAAUAUAAUAAACUGAAUUUAAAAAAUAAAGUAUCCUCAAGUAUUUAUUAGUUAUUACUAAUUAAAUUAAAAAUAAAUACACGAUCAAUUUUAAUAAAUAAAUUUUAAAUUGCACCGAUAUAAAGAAAAGUAAAAUGUUGGCUUUGAUUUGACAAAUAGGCAGAGAACUUGAUUUUUUUAUGUAGGUAAUAGUACCUUUUAGACUAUAAAAUUUGUAUUUUUAAUUCUUAAAACCGGAGAGUGGAAGUUAGUAUGUCCUUUAGGCUCUAAGUCACUUAAGGGAUGUGAUUGGAUAAUGAGUACAGUGGCGACUAUCUUAUAAAUCAAGUGUAUCAGACAAUAAAAACUAUUUAUUAGUAAAUAGAUUUAUAUUAUAGAGAAUUUUAUAAAAAUGUUCUUGCAUAUUAAAAAAAUGACUUUUGUUGGUGGGUGGGUGUCAACAGAUUUUAGUAAUUUGGAUACACAUGGUAAAUUUACUGUAGCCGCCACUGUGUUAAUGACAAGUUCAUUUUAUUUAGAGGUUCAAAUAGACAAAUAGAAAAUUUAGUUAACUACACAAACAAAAUAAAUAAAAACAUUCAAUUUACACUCGAAGUACAAAUGAAUAAUAAAUUAAAUUUCUUAGAUCUUACAGUUUCCAUUAUAAACAAAAAAAUUUGAUUUUUGUAUUUACAGGAAACCUACACAAACUGAUGCUAUAAUACCACAAGAUUCUAAUCACCCUUAAUUUCAAAACUAUAAUUUUUUAAUUUAAUAUUCUAUAAGCUUGAAUGUAUUUCAUUAAAUAAACAUAAUUAUCAACACGAGCUCAAUAUUAUAUAUAAUAUAGCCCAUACAAAUCAAUACAAUAUGUAAUACAAUACCCAUACAAUAGUUAAUAUUAUUUCAAUUUAAAUACUAUUAAAACAAUUCAUAAAAGUAUUAAAGAAAAAACAAUACACAACUCAUCAAAUAAUAUUAACUAUUGUAGUAUGAAAUAUCAAAAUAAUGUGCCAAACGAAUUCGCUAAAAUUCUGAAAAAUAAUACAAAUAACGUAAAAAUCGCUUUUAAGAUUAAUAAUAAUUUAAUCAGACAUAUAAUCAAUAGAACUAAAAAUUUCACAAAAAAUCCCCCUUCUUUUUAAAAUGCUAGUAUAUAUAUAUAAACUUAAAUUUAUAAAUGUAAUACAUUUUAUAUAGGUAAGACAAAUAUAAAUUUUAAAAUAAGAUAUAAAGAACACAUUUCUGAAAUAAAAUUAAAAAAGACUGCCCCUAAUUCAAAUUUCGCUAAACAUGUUUUAGUAAACAACCAUAAUAUAAGUUUUGAUACUAAUACAGACUUAGAAAUAUAAAACACCCAAAAUAAUAUUUUCAUUAAUUUAGUUUUAGAAGAAUUACACAUACACAAUGAAAUAAUAUUUCUUAACAUAUCUAUGUCUAAAAAUAACUAAUUUUAAAUAAUCUCUCCUAUUAAAAUAAAUUUUUUCUACGAAAAACGACCAAUUUGUACAAUUUUUUUUUCUAUGUAUUCAUUUCAUUUUUAUAAUCAGUCGCGUUUUACAUUUUGACUGUGAUAUACCUGAUGAUGAAUUUUUAAUUCAAAAUCGGUCGUAUAAUACAAUUAUCAUAAUAUCACUGCAUACAUAUAUUUUAAUAAUAAAUUAUAACUUCUUUGAUAUCGCUAUCCGUCAAUAUAAGAGUACAAUAAAUUAUAAUGACCAGAAUACCGAGCCAUGUUAAACAUGCGACAUUUUAUCGACAAAGUUUAAAACUCUGUGGGAUUUUUUUUUAACUAAUUUAGGUAAUUAACAAAUAAUUUAUUUUAUUUUAUCUUCUUCGUAAAAAUAUAGUUUAUUAAAAUAUUUCCUGGUUACCAUUAACACUGGAAAUUCAAUAUAUGAAACUUAAAGUAAAUUAGUGAAAUAUAAUUAAUUUAACAUAAAUAUUCAUAUAUACUUUAUGUUAAUAAUAAUGAACCUUUAUUUAAAUAAUAAAAUAUUAAGUAUUGAGUAUCAGUUAACAAUAACUAUUUAUUUUUAGCCUAGGGGUACCACCACCCAAUUGAUCAUGAGGCCAUCGCCUCAUCAAAUACCCUACUAUGCUACCACUGCUCUAGGCGACGCAUUCAUUAAUUUAUUUUAUUUUUAUAUAUACAUUAUAUAUAUACAUUUGUUUAUAUAUUUAUUUACCCAACAAGUACCCACCUAAAUCAGUGGUCUGCCCAUAGCAUGAUUUAUGUCCGGUUUUAUCAUAAUAAAAUAUGCUCGACACUAAUGCUAUAAUUUUAUUAAUUAUAUUAAUUGCGUUUUUCAUUACUACAGAUUCCUAUGGACUUCAAUCGUUGGACGCCGACGACCGUCACAAGAGAAACGCUUACCAUUUCGGGUCUCCUGUUAAAAGGAGGUAAGACGUAAUUUUUCGGCACGAAUUAUGUAUUUUGUCUGAAUAGCAAAUAUGUAUAUAUAUAUGUGAAAAAAGUUUUCGAAAAAGAAUUCAUAAAAAUGUCAUCAGUCUCGUAAUGCUUUUAAGUUCCAGCAUAUAUAAUUUAUUAUCCACCGAACAUUUUAUAAUAUACGUCCUUUUCAACGAGUCCAUUUAUUCAAUUACAAUUUUGUCUUUAUAUUUUAUUACAUUAGUUCGCAGUCCAUCGUAUUUUAAUACCAUUAUUAUGUCUUUUUCAUGUAUAAUAUAAAAGCGGUUCUAGAGUAUACCGUUCUUACGCCGACAGCGGACGUGCCAAACGAGACUUAGACGUCGAUCCCGAGGAAUUGCUGGCAUUGAUGACACUCUUGGAAGCAGAACGCAAACAAAAUAAGGUCCACGAACAAUCCAGGCACGUAACUGACUUACUAUAAACAAUAUAUAAUAUUGUUAUAACACUAACGUAUUUUGAGGAUAGUGGCAAAAGAGGAACAGUGAACCCUUUAUUUCUGUUUUAUUUAGCUUUACCGCAAUUUCUGCGGUAAAACGAUACAUAUCAAUUUUGUAGAUACUAUACAGGGCGAUUCUUUUAUAGUGAACUAUCAAUAUUUCUCGGAGGAUUUUAAGCGAAUUUGAUUUAUAUUUUUUUUUUUUAUCAUUUUGGAAUCGUUGUAGCUUUAUUUUAAUACCAUUUUUAAUUUUGUACCCCUCUAGAAAAUAUUUUUAUAAAAGUGUUGAUUUGCAUAAUACUAAUAUCAGAUUUACCGUUUAUGAAUGGUGCUUAAAGUUUGAAAUAUUUCUUGUGAAAUAUUGGAUUUUGAUUAAUUAUUUCACCUUAAAAUAUAGACAUCGCUUCAAUUUAAGAGUUAGUUAGAUAUCUAACUAUAAUAUUAUAAUUUUUAACGAGCAUUCACUAUCACACAUUAAAGUGAUUUAACUUGUGCGUUGUAUAUUAUAAGUAUUACUGUGUUUUUUUUUCACAAUCUUAAUAACAUAAACAUAAGUAUUUUUUUUUCUCAAUAUUUAAUUUUAUGCAUUUGCAAUAUAUUCUCAACCUUAUAUACCUAUUAGGUACAAUUUGAAACUUUAUUACUAUUAUUAGUCUAUAAAUGGUAUUAUACAAUUUUAUUUUUGUUUUCAAAGACUAGAAAUUCAUUUAGUUAUUUUAUUUUUUAAAAGAAACAAAAAAAUCAAUAAUAGUUACUCUAUACUGUUAUUUUUUUAUUUAUAGGUAUUUCAUAUUCGUAUUAAUAUCUGUAUUAUAUGAAUACAUCUAUGUAUAUGUGAUUUUAUUUCUAAUAAAAAAUGUAUCAGAUUUACUGUAAUUUACGUAAAUUUUACUGGUUAAAUUACGAAUAUAUUUUUAACGGUAAAUUCCACUUUUCUAAUAAUAAUUAUGCGAUUUGUCCCACCUGAAUUAUUUCAAUAAUAUUUACCUACCUAACAUGAACACCUCCGUUGACUCUUUAUAUAUGUUUUAGAUACAUAGCUAGUAGCUGGUAUCUUUUGAGUUAUAAAGUUUAUAAAAUUCAAAACAAUGGAUUGUUUCCGUUAUAGGUAUUAUACAAUUGUAUAAACUAUCAUUAUUAAAAUCAAUAGAUAUUAUAUUCUAAACGAAUUCUGAAUAUUAGCAAAGGAGUAUGAUGAUGACUCCUUUAAUAUUGAAAGUUAAACGAAAUCUGACUGUAAUAUACCUAAAAAUUAUUUUAUCUAAUUGUACAUUUGUAAUAUACAAUAUUAUAAUAUAUAUUGUUACUGUAGAAUAGUUUUUAUUAUGUAUGAGUACUGUCGAGGUCGAGCUCUAGGCGGUCAAACGUAACAAUAAAAUAAGAACAGCAUUAAAGGGAUGUCCUUCCUCUACCUAUAUUAAUACUGAUUAAAUUCAUAUAAUGAAAUAUAUCUACAACAUAUAUUGUAUAAUGAAAAACUUGGUUAUUGUAAAUAAUUGUGAUACUAUAAUUUUUUAAGUGUUCCAUGGUCAUAUCCAGAAGUCCUCAAAACAUAUGAAUAAUUAAAUGCUCAGUUUUUUUUUAAUCAAAAAUAAAUUCCAAUGUUUUAUAUUAACAGCCUUUGUGCAAAACUCUGCUGUGGUAGUAGAAUUAUAAAUUUAGAACAAUAUACAUAAGGGAACAUUAACGCUUCGAUUAAAAACAAAUUUAACUUAGCUCUUAAUAAAUUACUACGGUUUUUAAACAAAACUGUCUUUUGCAACACGAUUAAGAACAUUUAAAGUUAAAUAGGUAAACUUUUUAAACGGCAAAUUAAAAAUAUAUUAUCCGUGGUGUAUUAUAUAGUUAUUUUAUGUAAGUCUAUUUAGUCUAUUUUAUGAAUUAUAUAUACUCACGACACAUAUUUUUAGAGGUUCCAGACAACACUACGGUCGCUUGAAUGAAUAUGAAACAGAUCCAUACAUGGACAAUGACCUACAAGAAGAAGACGAUGAAGAAGACGUCCCUGGUAAGUGUUAAAAUAUCGUGAUAACUUCAAAUUAUGGUUUUUAAAUGUGUAAUCCCAAAACAAGUGAUGUGUACGUACUCAUAUAUUUAUAUCGUGUAUCAGUGUUUGACGCGUGUUAGUGCGGUUAUCUAUAUAUAUUUUAAUGUCAAUCAUAAUAACAAUUUAAAAUUAUUUUUUUUUAAUAAAAAAUAAUAAUAUACAUCAUACAGGUAUGAACACUAAACGCCACCGCCGCCGCCGCACCGCCAGUAUUAAUUUCAUACACAUUUUUACUUUCGGACUUGUCGGCGUAAUUUUCUCCUUUAUUGGGAUUUCGAGGACAAGUGUUUAUUAUUAAUCAUUAUUUUCGCUAAAAUUAUAUUACCAAGCAUUUAGCCUAUUUCCACCGCUACACCGCAUGUAGAUUAAUAUUUUCAUUCGUUACAUCAUUACACCUAUGUAUAUUAUACUAUACGAGUUACGCGUACGUAUACUACUGAAAUAGGCCGUGUCUUCACUUAACGUUAUACUACUAUGUUGUCGAUUAUUAAUUAUUGUGCAUAGCAUAUAUGACAUACUAACUGGUCCACCUGGCAUUGCCUGUGUCAAAAGAAAUAAUAUAAAAAUUAUCAUUACAUGCUAUUACGGCGCCACUACCUUAUUAUUAAUAAUGUUUAUUGUAUUAUUUUGUUUCUUUUUUUCAUCCGUAUCACCAAGGUAACCCAUUACUCAACAAAAAUAAUUACGUUCCCAAUUACCAACAAACCAAUAAACCUGUAUCAGACUCUCUUUAGGGGUUAAUACGGGGUGGAGAAAGAAUACGUUAUUGUUAAUCUAGAACAACAUGUAUGCAAAAUGUCUGCUCAAUCGGAGUAGUAGUUUGGGCUGGAAGUAGUACUUAUCAUAACAUCGAAACAAACUUUUGCAUUUACAAUUAUCGUUUAUGAUAAACGGGUCUGAAUGUUGGGCAUGGGAUAAAAAAAAUAAGAAUAUUGAGGCGAUGAGCGUGUAGUGUAACCAGAUUAAAUUCUAUUGGAUAUAUUAGGAAUAGAUUCGCACAGCGGGUAUAGCCGUAAAAUUAGAGCAAAUAAAUUAAAUUAGUAUGACCGGUCAUUAAGUUAGAUGAGAUAUUAUGUAAGUGUGUGGACGAAAGACGGGAAAGAAAUAGGUUAGAGAAAAAGUAAUUGUUGAGUUUGUGAAUUGAGAUGUGUGUGGAGGGGAGGGGCAAAACUAAGAAUAGCUGAUUCCACCAGGGUGGUAUAAAGAAUAAAAUGAGGAAAAUGAAAGUUAUAAUAUUAUUGUAGAUAAGUAUCUAUUAUCUUUGUUAAAACACUUAUAUUAUGAUGUUUUCUAUUCCAGAAGGAUGGUUGGAGGGUCCUGUGGUACCGGCUCCGUUGUUCGUCUCCCCCAAAGAUUACUAUAUUAAUAACGGAUAUACACGCAAGCAGAGGGCUCUACAUGGAUCCAAAGUAACUAUAUUAAUAUGAUAUUAUUAUAAACGGGCGGAUCCACACGUCUGUAUAGAACGAUUAUUUUCAGGGUCUGAACCACUACCAAGAGGAGCCGCAGUAUUAUAGAAUGCCAGAUUACUAUCGUCGUUACAACUUUUAAAAAAUAAAUAUACUACCCUCAAUACAAAUUAUUAAGCGACUUUCCUACGGAGAUGCUGUUCCACCCAUCAAUAUAGUGGCAAAUUAUUUAUCUACUUCAUUAUUAUACUAUCUCUGAUUUAACGUUUACAAUACUAUAAUAAAACUUGUACUUACGACAUUUAUAACUUAUCAAUUAUAAGAUACAAUAAUCAUUAUCUAUUAUCCUAUACACUUUACUUCUAUAAUAUAUUAUUGAUCACUAUAAAGUCCGAGUAAAAAUACGAUAUUAACUAAAUCAAAAAAGUAUAUUUGAUUGUAUAUGAAAUUUUAAAAUGAAUAAAACUGAACGAUUUUAACGCGUAACACAUUGUUUGUAUUGUGUGCGUGUGAUAACACUGAAUAUUCGGUACAUUUUCAAUAGUUAAUCAUUACUAAUACUUACGCAGUUUUAUGUUUUAUCUGAAUAAAUUAAAUAAAUAGGUAUAAGCGUAUUUGUAUAUUUUUGUAUAGGUAUACGAAAUACUGGCUAUGUAUAAGAUACGUGGAAACAUCGUCUUGUGAUAAUAGUAGGUAUACCG